AUGAAGAAACUGUGGGGUGAGGGAGAGCACCAGGCAGAAGUGGAUGAUCUGCAAAAACAAAAGGCAGCAAUGGAAAACAUCAAAAUCCUGAGUGUGCUGGAAGUGAUGGAAGACCAAAAUCUGCACUGGCAGCUGUGCAUUUUGAUUAUUGUGAUCAUAACUCUGCAAUUCUCUGGCACUAAUGCAGUCUAUUUCUGCACUUUUGAGGUGCUGCGCACAGCUGGGUUUGAAGAAGGCCUUAUUCCGUAUGUAUCACUAGGGGUUGGUCUCUGUGUGUUCCUUCCCACUCUGCUGUGUACCUUUAUCAUUGAGCAGUUUGGCAGGAAGACACUUCUGUGCAAGGGCUAUGCUUUCAUGGCCUUGGCACUGUCUGUCCUCACUGUUACUCUCUCCCUUCAGGUAAGAAGAAAUUUUUAACUAUUUUAUUCCCAUUGCUGUUUCACACCUAGAGACCGGCGAGUUUCAUGUCGCAGUGACAAGACAAAAUGGAUGUAGACAGCUACAAAGUGAAACUUUGUCAUCAUUGUCAUCAUUUCGUCAUCAUGUUCAAAGUGCUAUAAAAGGACAAGCAAAAAAAAAAAAAAAAUCUUCCUCUGGUUUAUUUCCAGGAAAACCUCUCUUUGUGCUUCCUUAUCUUUACUGGGAUCCCCAUCAGCUCAGGCAUCUUCAUCUACCUCUUCCUUCCAGAGACAAAGGGGAACUUGGUUAUGGAAAUAACUGAAGAAUUUGGUGCUUUACUUUUUAGGAAGAGACCUCAUUCCUUUACAGGAAAUACUUUUCUUGAGGAACAUAUCACCUACACUAUCUUCUAGCUGGUCAGCAGAAGGACCGUGUAUUAAGUAAGGUCAUAAAGGACCUUGAUGCUUGCAGACUGCAAAACAAAACAGAGGUAAAUUAUUUGUUUUCCAUUAUUGGAAAAUAUAUGAAUAUUCCUUCACAGGCCCAAGUGGAGUCUUCAUGAAUGAAAGUCACUCUUGUAUCACCUUAAAAACCUGGGAGCAGUCAAUAAUCAAUCAGUCAUCAUAACAUAAAAUAUGUGCUAUGCUACACUUAUAGAUUUCACUUAGGAAAUGUUUUGUGUCUAAAUGCUUUCUUUAGUUCCAGUCUCUGUGAUUUUGUUAUUCAGAAUUUAAUUUGGAGUUUUGGGUUAUAACAAACUAAAGUCUCAAA